AUUCUUUGAUAAGAAUAAGAAAAUAAAAAUAGGCGAUUUUGGUCUUGUAACUCGAAUCACAGGUUGAAGAAGACAGACAGUCACUUUUGCGAACCCAGCGCACCUGGAACACCUUCUUACAUGGCUCCAGAACAGAUUGGAAACCAAUAUGAAAAUGAAGUUGAUAUUUACUCAUUAGGAAUAAUAAUAUUUGAGCUUUUCUGGGUGUUUGGCACUGGACACGAAAGAGUGAAGGAAUGGUAUGAUAUUCGUGAGGCAAAACUACCAAACGAUUUUGAGGCUCAGUACAGAACAGAGAGCUCAUUGAUCAAGAGUAUGCUGUCAAAGAAUCCUCUAAAAAGGCCCAAAGCGUCCACACUAAAGGAUUAUCUUGCAAAUACAGACAUUCUUUGUUCAAGAACAUAUUAAGAUUUUGGUGCACGCAGGACAAAUUGGAAACUUCAAAAUAACUUCCACAUAGAUACAAGCUUUGACCACUUUAUAUUAAUAGAUCAUUGAAAAGACUUUUUAAGUAAAAACCGUUUCUAAAUCAGUGCUUCCCAAUUAUAAGGGUAGAUUCUAUUGUGUUAGAAAUUAUGUAUCUACUAAAUUCUGUAUAGUCUAUAAAGACACUAAUGGCAAAUUUUGCUGAAAA